CUCCACCAUUCAUUUGACGGCAAUUCCACAUAGGAUGCCCUGGCCUCUAGCCUUCAUUUGUCCUCUCCACUAAUCAUUACAUAUCAACAAAUUAAUCACAUUAUUUAAUAUCUCAUUGGCAUUGAACAAUCAAAGAAGAAGUAUUGUUGAUGGAAAGUCAUGCCUACAAAGGCCAUCAGUUUUUGCUUACUUCCAUCAGAACUCAUCCAAUAUAUAAUCCUUCAACUUUCAUUGCCAGAGAUUAUCCAACUCAAAUCUGUUAAUAAGUCUAUUUUGUCUAUCAUUUCUGAUGGAGAUUUCAUUCGUAACUACAAUCAUCAAUCAAGCUCCGCCACAUGGCUCUUCCUUUAUAAAAAACGUUGGCGUCGUGAAGCCCUUCUCUAUGGUAUUUCUGAUUGUUCCAAUCGUUGGUUCACUAUAUUGAUAUGUGAUAUGUUGAAACAAGUAGUACCACCAGGUGAAGAUGUCUACUUUUUGACUGCUAAUGCUAAUAUAUUCCUCUUCGCUUUGAAUAAUACACAACAACUCAUGUCACUUGAUAUUAUGACUAGGGUUGUCAAAAACAUCCCUCCAAGUCCUUUAGGUCCACGUGGUACAUCCUCAUGGCGAAGAUCCGGUAUGAAAUUAUUGUCUUGCCCUAAUUGCAACUGUAACCAUUUUAGAUUCUUGUUUGCUGAAUAUCAUCAAAAUCGUCCAACUUUAUUUGAGUAUGAUUCAAGAGUUGAAACAUGGGAAUAUUGUUGGGGAACAGAUGAGGUUGUUAGCCAAGACUACUAUUUCGAUGAUGAAUAUAUAUUCUUAAGUGCAUCUAAUGGACGAAAUGGAAGUGUUAUCAUAGGCGUUGUGCGACCUCAUGAAUGCUGCAACACUACUACUAUCACUACUAAUACUCCGCUUGUCAUCAGACCAACAUUCAAUAAUGAGCAGGAGCACCAACAUCAUCGAUUAGCCGUUGGAUUUAGUUGGGGGAAUUCCAUAGAUCUAUUACACGUCUAUGGUGAUGGCAAUAUGAUGACUAUUAGAUCAGACAAAGUCAAUAAUAACAGUAAUAAAAGAAAGAUAAAGAGAAUAGAACUAUGGGGUUUGAGCAGAAAUAAUGGGAGGUAUUGGGAAUUUGUAUCAGUAGCACCAAAUGAGUUGAUAUAUAAAAUAAGCAAACCAUAUGGUGCUAUGAUGGGGUGUAUGCAAAAAUCAAAAGGAGUAACAAGGGCAAUUUUGAUGACAAAUCUUGAAGGUACAUGGGAAACUAUUUGGUUAAGCUAUAACAACAACAACAAUCAUUGGGCCUGGCUUCCAUUACCUGAUUGCAACAUGAAAGGCUCAAACCUGGCUGGAGUCACAUUCUCCUCUGGUUUAACAUUAUCCUAGCAUAUAUUCUAAUUGCAAUUUCAAUGUCACAUAUACAUGUACACCAUCAAAUAAUAAUAAUAAUAAUAAUAAUCAAACA